UGGGACACAGCCAUAACUACGGGUUACAAGAUGGCGGUCGUUGUGUUAGAGCUAUAAUAGCGAAAAACGACACUCGGGUAGUUUUAAAAAAGCGUUCAUGUCGGAUAACGUUAAGCACUUUGUUGUGUUUUAGUGCUUAAAAGUCGUUCUCUUUCCGUUUGUAGUUAUCCAGUAACAUGCGGUUAUUAAGUGUGAAGUGUGAAAGUAGGGGUUGAGGGAAAAAAGAGACGUAUUUCAGGGGAGGAUUUUAGGGAUUAAGAUAUAAAGGAUGUCGGAUACGAGACGGCGUGUCAAAGUGUACACGCUGAAUGAGGAGCGUCAAUGGGACGACCAGGGAACCGGACACGUCUCAUCCGCGUAUGUGGAUCGGUUAAACGGUAUAGCGCUGCUGGUGCGGGCCGAGGCAGAUGGCUCGCUGCUACUGGAGUCCAAAAUCAACCCGAACACGGCGUAUCAGAAACAGCAGGACACCCUUAUCGUUUGGUCCGAGGCAGAGAAUUAUGACCUGGCUCUGAGUUUCCAGGAAAAGGCAGGCUGCGAUGAGAUCUGGGAGAAGAUCUGUCAGGUCCAGGGUAAAGAUCCGUCUGUGGAGAUCACCCAGGAUCCCAUCGACGAGUCCGAGGAGGAGCGCUUCGAGGAGAUCCCAGAGACGAGCCACGUGGUGAAGCUUCCCACCUGCGAGCUCCCGCGCCUGGAGGAGAUCGCAGACCUGGUGACCUCCGUCCUGUCCUCUCCGAUUCGCAGGGAGAAGCUGGCGCUGGCGCUGGUGAGCGACGGCUACAUGCAGAGGUUGCUGCAGCUCUUCAGGACAUGCGAGGAGCUGGGAGAGCACGAAGGUCUGCGCCACCUCUACGAAAUCAUACGUGGUGCGCUCUUCCUCAACAAAGCAGCGCUGUUUGAGGUCAUGUUCUCGGACGAGUGCAUCAUGGACGUGGUGGGCUGCCUGGAGUACGACCCGGCGUUCGUCCAGCCCAGGAGGCACCGCGACUUCCUCACCAACACGGCACGCUUCAAGGAGGUGAUCCCCAUCACAGACUCGGAGCUCAGGCAGAAGAUCCACCAGACCUACCGCGUGCAGUACAUCCAGGACAUCAUCCUGCCCACACCCUCUGUCUUCGAGGAGAACUUCCUCUCCACGCUCACAUCCUUCAUCUUCUUCAACAAGGUGGAGAUUGUCAGCAUGCUGCAGGAGGACGAGAAAUUCCUGACCGAAGUGUUUGCGCAGCUCACAGAUGAAGCCACGGAAGAUGGGAAAAGGAGAGAGCUGGUCAACUUCUUCAAAGAGUUCUGCGCUUUUUCACAAACACUUCAACCGCAAAACAGAGACGCUUUUUUCAAGACGUUGGCGAAUCUAGGAAUUUUACCUGCUCUGGAAAUCAUCAUGGGGAUGGAUGACCUGCAGGUGAGGGCAGCAGCUACGGACAUCUUCUCCUACCUGGUGGAAUUCAGUCCCUCUAUGGUGCGAGAGUUUGUGAUGCAGGAGCCACAACAGGCAGAAGACGACGAUGUCCUACUGAUAAACCUGGUGAUAAAGCAGAUGAUCUGUGACUCGGAUCCUGAGCUCGGCGGUGCUGUGCAGCUCAUGGGGCUCCUCCGUACUCUCAUCGACCCCGAGAACAUGCUCGCGCCCACCAACAAAACAGAGAAGACGGAGUUCCUCAGCUUUUUCUACAAGUACUGCAUGCACGUCCUCACCGCGCCGCUGCUAGCCAACACGGCCGAGGAGAGGAAAGAUUUACCAGAAGGAUCUACGAAAGUCAAGCCAGUUUGUCCAGACAAUUUCCAGACGGCGCAGCUUCUGGCUCUGAUCCUGGAGCUGCUGACGUUCUGCGUGGAGCACCACACGUACCACAUAAAGAACUACAUCAUGAAUAAGGACCUGCUGCGGAGAGUGCUGGUGCUCAUGAACUCUAAACACACCUUCCUCGCCCUCUGUGCCUUGCGUUUCAUGAGGAGAAUAAUAGGACUGAAGGAUGAGUAUUAUAACCGCUACAUCAUUAAAGGGAACCUGUUUGAGCCGGUCAUCAACGCUCUGCUGGACAACGGGACGAGAUACAACCUCCUCAACUCGGCCAUCAUCGAACUCUUCGAGUUCAUCAAAGUGGAGGACAUAAAGUCACUCAUUGCUCACAUCGUGGACAAUUUCUACAAAGCGCUCGAGUCCAUAGAAUACGUGCAGACGUUUAAAGGACUGAAGGGUCGCUACGAGCAGGAGAAGAACCGACAGAGCCGAGGGAUCAGCAGGUAUCGCCGUGACGCCCGGUCCGUAGACGACGACGAAGAAAUUUGGUUCAACGAAGAAGAGGACGAAGACGACGCGGACGCCGGGGUCGAGAAGAGAGUCGAGGAAGACUUUCCGGAAAGCUACGGAAAGUUCAUAGGGGCCAAAAAAGUUAAAGAAAGCGAGGACAAAGAGAACCUCCCGAAGCGGACGCAGAGCGGCAGUUUUAAGUUCGCCUUCUCGCAUUCUGCAGCCGCCGCCAACGCAAACAAUGAGAAACCGGCGCCGUCCGCGUCCCCCGGCAGUCCGAACGGCUCCUCGGUUAAAGGAGCGACCGUGGCGUCUACCGCAGUGGUCAAGGCCGGGCUGGUGGGUCUGGUAGACUACCCCGAUGACGAAGACGACGAAGGAGAAGACGAGGAGGAUGAGGAAGACGAUCUCGCUCCACGAAAGCGUCCUCGUCUCGGCUCGUAAAAAGAAAAAAAAGAAACAAACACGUCUGCCAUCCCACGGUGCCGAAGAGUCCCGGAUUUAGGAGAGCUAGAGGAUUAGGACACCACCCAAACUCUCCUGCAUCAGCGCAUCCAUCAGACACGAGCACCAGAGCAGCCGAGCCACGCUGCGGUCACGUGACCCCUCUCCGUUUUCUUUCCUUAACCUCGUGAUCCGGACGUGUCGAGCUGUGUGAGCAGGAAGGAUGAACUUCAUCACAGCCGAGCUUUUUUUUUUUUUUUUUUUUUUUUUUUUUUCUUUCCUUUUCUUUUCCACCAGAGAGCCGUUCAGCCUAGCAGGACUAGCUACUUAGACAUAGAAGACUGAUUGGCUGAGCCUGUUGAUUUGGUCAGGUCGAGGGAACAAAUAAGUGUGUGGGCGGGGAAGGGGGACAGGGGGGCAAGACCAAAAUAAAAAAAAAUAAUAAUUGAAGUUCAGUAAAAAGGGUGUGACGAGCAGGACCUGGAUGUUGUCUGUGUCCUUGACUUGAAACUAGAAGCUCACAGUCAUGAAUUUAUCAUCAGUAGCUAUACAGCAGUACUUUUUUUUUUUUUUUUCCCCCUCUUCACUUUUUGUUUACUUCUUCAGUGGUGGUGUUUUUUUUUUAAGAUUAAAAUGCCAGUGUACAUGUUUCUCCCCCUCUUUCGACACGCAUUAAUGCGGGGCGAUCGUUUACACCUUUUUUUUAAAAUCACAUUUGUUUUAUUUGUUGGAGAAAACUUCAGUUGAAGAAGUUGUGAUGCUGAUUUUAAUAACGUAUAUUAAACAUGUAUUAAAAACUGCAGUAAAGUCAUUUUGCAGAUGAACGGAAACGUGUCCGAGCGUCUCUGUGUUGCGUCGGGUCGGUGAACCAAGACUCGGAGGAGCGCAGGCUCGGCUCCUCGCCAACGCGUUUGUAACCCGGUGCAGCGGAUCACCAGCACGCAGUGUUUUUACAACAAAAUAUAAUCCCACAACACGCCACAUAAUGCAGUUCCUGUCGCUGGUCAUAUUUACAAGCAGCCUGUUGAGGGAUUUUCAGGCGUCUGUUUGACCCCGAGCCCGAAGGUGACGAUUAAAGGUCGAGUAUUGAAGCCUUCGCUUUUGUUUCUCUUCAUGUAUGUAUUUUUGUUCACCGCCGCAACCCUCACAAACAAAUGUGUGUGUUGAUUUUGGUUUAAAUUGGCCUUAAAAACAAGUUUAAUCAAGAUUUAUUCUCAUGUACCUCAGAGGUGCACUUUGUAACAUGUUUUUAAGUCGCUAAUGAUCAUUAAAAGGACUGAGUUCAGCUGUCUGUUAAGAUCGUUUCAGGCCCAGAAAUAAAGUCUAUCUACCAACCCGGUCCCUGAA